GACCUGUCAGCGUUGUAGUACAAGCUCUCACUGCUGAUAAUUUGUUUGUCCUUCUGCUAGUUGCAGUCUUUUUCCGUCAGCAGCACAGCGAGGACCAGGGCGUCGGACGUACAGGACUGUUUGUACUUACUGUUGUUGCUGCUGUCAGCUAACCAGUGAGCUAACGGCUGAAGUUAGCUAACAAGCCCACCAACUUGACAGCUAGCUUAUAGCUUGCUAGCUAGCAUUCGACGGUAGCUAGCGUUAACUAGCUUUCCAGCAGUUAGCUCGCCAGGCUGCUGGCAGUAGGAGGGGAGGAAGCCGCCCACUCCUGCAAAGCAGCCAUUCCGGACAAAAGAGUGAACGGUAGAUGGAGGCCCAAAGCUCCAGCGGGCUGCUGCUGACCAGGAAGAGAAGAAGAGAGGGCUCCAAUGGGGAGACCGAUGAAGCCGAGAGGCUUGUGAAAAUCCCCAGAUGUACUGUGGGAUUGAAGCACCCUGCACCUUUUGCCGAUGAGCUGGAACCAGCUGAUGGUAAACCCUAUGAGAGAGUCAACAUGGAGGAGGCCAAGAGGGGGACACCACCCGACAGACCGGUCCGGGUGUAUGCUGAUGGCAUCUUUGACGUUUUCCACUCAGGUCAUGCCAGAGCUCUGAUGCAGGCUAAAUGCCUCUUCCCAAACACACACCUCAUUGUUGGAGUGUGCAGUGAUGAUCUGACCCACAAAUACAAGGGCUUCACAGUGAUGAAUGAGGAUGAGCGCUAUGAUGCUGUCAGACAUUGCCGCUACGUGGAUGAAGUGGUACGAAACGCUCCCUGGACGUUAACGCCAGAGUUCCUCGCAAGACAUCGGAUCGACUUUGUGGCCCAUGAUGACAUCCCAUACUCCUCAGCGGGCAGUGAUGACGUAUACAAGCACAUUAAAGACGCUGGUAUGUUCGCUCCCACCCAGCGGACAGAAGGCAUCUCCACCUCUGACAUCAUCACCCGCAUUGUGCGUGAUUAUGAUGUGUACGUCAGACGCAACCUACAGAGAGGAUACACAGCCAAGGAACUCAACGUCAGCUUCAUCAAUGAGAAGAAAUACCACCUUCAGGAGCGUGUGGACAAAGUGAAGAGGAAGGUUCGUGAUGUGGAGGAGAAGAGCAAGGAGUUUGUCCAGAAGGUGGAGGAGAAGAGUAUCGACCUCAUCCAGAAAUGGGAGGAGAAAUCCAGGGAGUUCAUUGGCAACUUCCUGCAGAUGUUUGGCCCUGAGGGAGCUCUGAAACACAUGCUGAAGGAGGGAAAAGGCCGCAUGCUGCAGGCCAUCAGCCCCAGGCACAGCCCCGACAGCAGCCCCACCCGCGAGGAGCGUUCCCCCUCUCCCACCUUCCGUCUCCCCUUCUUCACCAAGACCUCCCCUCCACCCUCGCCUCCACCUCACCACAGCGGGGCCCGAGGAUACCUCAUCAGCGAGGACGACGAUGAAGACGACGAAAACUAGAGCGCGUUUGAAUUCUCCGCUCUGUAUGUCUGCAGUCAGUGCUGCCAGUUAACUGAGCUGUCGAGUAGCGUGGUUUUCAUGGAGCUCCUGCUUCCAUUUUUUUUUUUCCUGUUUUUGAUUUUAUGUUGAUGUUUAGCACUUCACUGUCUCCUUAACUGUAACAACCAGUUUCUCCACAGCUCUUGUUUUUAACAGCCAAUUUUGUCCUUUUUGUCUUUGUGUAACGGUCAGUCAAAGUUACCACUAGUCACUUGAGUUCUUUGAAAAUUAGUCUCAUUUAUCUCUGUCACUUUUGAUGUUGAUUUUAUUAGUCACUCACUGUCACGUAGGAAUAUUUGCAGGUGUUACACUCAGCGCACUCUUCCAUUCAUGACGGUAUUCUUAAGGUGUGCAUUGUAGUGCUGCAGGAGUUUGUGUUUUUGUUUUUGUCAUGUAAGCGAGAGGGCUUGAAGGGUUUUUGGUCACUUGUUGGAACAGCACAUGUUGUUUUGGUGGGCAAGAGGUGACCUCAUGGAGACACUGUUGAUUAUAUCUGGGGGAAGCUUUUCAGAGCUGGUCAGAAAACUAAAGGUUUAAAUGAUCUGCUCAUGUGGUGUGGCGGUUUAUAUUCUGCUCACACCAGCAUGAAAUCAACCUGGCUUUUCUUUAAUAACAGGAAAACUCCAGAUUUAAUCAAAUCAGAUCUGAAUCAGAGUAAUGGUGUUAUAUAUCUACUAAACAGCAGCUUUUUUCUCAAGGUUGUCUGCCUGCUUUGGGGCUAUGCGUGUCUGUGUGUAUGUGCAUGUGAUAUUUUGUGUGCAGGCUCUUACAGUAUGUCGGCAUGUUUGAAAUGUCUUCUGUCAACAUUCUUCAUCUAUUGACAGGUCUGGGUUCAGAUUGACUUACUGCAUAUAGUAAUAAAUUUGCUUAUUUCUUUUUUUUUUUGUCUGUAGAAUCGGUCUUUGAAAGAAUAGUUUCGAACUGGACGCCUUUUAAUGUGGCGUAAAAGAAAGUCUUUCAAAGUUUGCAAGGAUGACCCAUUUAAAUGAUGUAGAAAUACUUAUUUUUGUAGAAUUCGUUAUCCUCUGUACAGAUAUGAUCUUAAUCAUCCCUUUUUAGAAGUGCUUUUUCAGGCUGAGCAGAGAAUCAACACUAGAGAGGCUGGACUUUGUUUUGUUUUUUCCUUUUUUCUAAUGUAGAUCUGGGCCGUAGGGAAGUAAUCAUUUUCAUCUGAUACACGUGAUGAUGAUAGAAAGUAUUAGGUCUUCAUAUAUAGCAAAACACCUGAGAAUGGUCUAAAUGCCCUACUUGUAAGAAAUCACUUCUUUUGGUUUGAGUCAUAAGCACAACAUAGGUUUCUUUUAUGAAUAAGGCCUUCUCAUUGGUAGCACGCUUACAAGGGAAAAUACAUUCAGGGAUUUGGGGUUUUUCCAUAUCAGGCACCAAUUUACAGGACUUCCAUUUAAUGAAAUGAGUCUGUGCAUGCAGUCUGCAUCAGUGUAGAAAUGUAUUUUGGUAGCCUGGACUGCACUGUGUCACAUAGGUGGGUGAAGGGUUCAGGUUUAUGUAUCAAUGAAACUCCAGAUCAACAUUCAUGUAGCUACCUCCUUCUUCCCUGAACUGAUUCUUUCCUUAGAUGAGCACAAAGUAUGAGUAUUUUUUUUUCCUUUCUGAACAGAGCCAUUGUUCCAGCACUGAAGCAAUGUGACUGGUCAAAUAUUUGAGAUUUCCAGGCAUCUGUGUGUGUGUGUCCUGCAUCUCCAGUGAUAAAGCAUGUGUUGUGUCUCCAAUAUAACUGUAAACGAAACAUCACAGGUGAUCUGAAGAUGUAAUGCAAUACUGUUAGAUGACUCUAAUAUAAAUGUUGACGGACUUUUGAUCAAUCUGUUCUAGGCUUGGGUUCCCAAAAGCACUUAUGGUGUAAAUGGAUCUUUGCUGCAGCAACAAAAACUGCCUCUAUUCUUGUGGGCGUUAAUCAGAUUAUAAAGUUGAGAAAUAACUGUUCUACUACUAAGUUCUACUUUUGGUAUUAAAACCACAAAACUACAGUAUAAUUCCAGUAUAAUUCGCUGAGGAAAUCCAGCCUUGAUUUUGGUGCUAAGCUACUUUUGGGAAGCCUCGCCUUGAUUCUUGUGGAAUCUGUUCUUUUAAAUCAGUGUGAACUUCUCAGUAGGAGCAUGUCCAUGUUAAGAGCUCAAGCUGGCAAAGACUUGAGUGGCAAGCCAAUAACAGCCACUACUACAAAGAUAUAAAUGUACAUGUUUUUAACUACAAGUGUUUUAAUUGUAUUAUUUUACUGUUUGGGGUUAUUUUUGUUUUACGUUCUGGAUGUAGAGGAAGAGCAAGACAGGAAAAAUGUAUUAAACAUGUUGGCCAAA